AUGGACAUGAGCGACGAUGAAUUCUUCUUCGAGAGCAGUCGUCAUCUUGAGGACGAUGGAAGAUCGGACGCAACUGCCGGGCGUGUGCAAGCUGGCCUGCAGGAGCUCGAGGGCAUGGAGUUGGAUGAAGACAUUGCGCUUCCCUUGGCUCCUGGCGUGGACGCUCUCACCCACCGCGUCAGCGUAGCUCGCCUGCAACACGUCAGCAACCUUGCGUGGUGCCUCGGGAGUUGGCUUCCACACCUGGCGUCCCUGGCGGUUCUUCUGAUUCGUUUGGAACACAGCAAAAAUGGUCGAGGCACGGAUGAGGACAACGGACUCUCUUCUCCGCACGUACACAUCCGCAAGCUAUGUGGACCGGGAGCAUACGGCGGAGGUGCUUCGGACUACGCCGAUGGCGACACCGCCAGCAUUACAACGUCAGGACCGCGGGCUGCGAGCACCGCACAUGAGACUCCAUCCACCCUGGGUAGUGACGACAGCUUCGCCGCAGGGAAGAGAGACCGAAUAGGCACCAAAGCGGAGAAAGAGUUCACGAGCCUGUUCGAAGGCUGGCUGAACAGCACGACAACCGUGUUACGAGCUGCCAUUUUUGGAGACGACACGGUAUCCGACAAGGCCUCUGGCAGCAGCAAUGGUCGCAGGUCAGGCGCUUCGACAGCGAACGCCACUCCACUCUUCGCGGGAAAUAAGCAAGGCGGCCUGUCAAACAAGUACGCGGGUGAACCCCACCUGAAAGAUCCGCUAGACUCGAGAUAUCUCCGACAAGCUUUCUCCUCUUUGGCGCAUUUGUACGACAGCCUGUCACAAGCACUGGGGGGGAGCUGGGAAGGCGAUAUGGUUCUUUCCCCCGGGCUGCGGGCUUUAGAAAAGCUCGUGAAGGAGGCUCAGGCGCUCCACGUCCGCUCAGAAAUGGCUGCGCUGGCUACCGAAGCGAAAGGCCUCAUGGAUGUCGACCCUUGGCUCGCCCCGGAACCUCCGCAUCCUCCGGGCGGAACACGACUGCCUCACCUGUUCGGGGCCCUUGCACACGAGCGAAUGAUCAACCUGGUGGAGCUACUACCGCGCGCGGAGUGGAGCGCUGCUGAGAUCACACACGGAUUGGGCGACGCAGUGCAGUGCCUCCUGAGCUGUGUAACGGCUCUUGGCACCCGUGCAUACGAGGCCUCCCGGAUGGAUCACAGCAAUGGAGCGCCUCUUGCUCUGGGUGGAGGAGCGACAACCACCGGAGGCCAUGGGGAGGAAGGUUUGAGCGCAGAUCACCAGCUGCUCUGCCAGAUCGGAAACUGCCUGCAGUUGGAAACGGUGGUUCUGCCGGAGUUAUGGGAUACCGCGGUGGACCUGUUCGACGCAAGUAGAGCGGGUGUCGUUUCUGACCGCAAGCGCACCCAAAAGGUGCAAGAGAAGGUAAUGAAUAAGUACCUCAAGCACAAGUACCGCGAGCUCAAGAUGUAUGUCAAGAAUGGCUGGUGGGGCUACGCAAGGCCAGCUCCUCGAUCCGGCCGACAGCAUGGCAAUACGUCCGAGGGCGUGAUGGAUCCAUCUCGCAGUGACCGAGCGAGCAGCAUGCGAGAUCAGCAGCGAGUCAGCACUUCCAUCUCCAGACAGAGGACCUCGCUGCGGUUGAAGCGUGGAACGUUCACGUAUGCCUCAGCAGGAUCCACCGCGUCUGUGGCACGCCAGGCUUCCAUGCUCUCCAGCAGGAGUGAAGACAACAAGGGUGACACCUCGUCAGCGCAUGGAAGCAACACACGGCGAGGCUCUGUAGUGAACCGCAGGACGGGGCUGAAGGCUGCCCUCAAUAUUUCAAUGCGCACGCCGAAGCCACAGUCUCUGCCUAGCUACCUGGUGAAGGUGUUGCUGUCAUUAGUCCAAGCACGACUGGAGGCCCAGGAAGCCUUGCGUGGGCUGCUGUACCGCAAGGCUGGUAUGCACGAUGGCAAGAUGCGGAAGGACAUCCUUUACGCCGACUUUGUGCUCAGGGAGAGCGCUAGACAGGUGAUGGAAAUCGUCUGUGACUGCGCGAACGCGCGUGUCGUCGGCGAGGGCCACCUCGGCGCGAAACCUCUCGACGGAUCAGACCCCGUAGAACAAGCCGAGAAGAUUGCUCAGGCGGAGUUUCUCCGGGAUGCGUUGUACCGGUUCUUGCCGAGUGCAACCCUCGACAGAGUUAACAGGGUGGUCAAGAGGCUGCAAGCUGGAAAGUUCGAGGGGACUCUGGGCAGGAGCACUGGAAACCCGUCAUCCAUGCCGAGUUCAAGCAAGACCGACCCCCAGAGGAGUAGCAGUGCACGCGACGGCCUUGUCCGAGUUGGUGCACUGCGAGAAGGGCGGGACAAAGACGGGGCCGCGGCAGAGCAAACCGGAAAGAGCGCCAGCUCAGUAUCCAAUAGUGAUAAGAAGCAGGCCUCUGUCAGCGAUUCUCUCGCGGCUGCGAUGCCAGGGAGCUUCUUGACGGCCACUGACCUACAGGAGCUUGCUCGAGUUUACGUCGUGUGCUUGAAGUAGGGCAUA